AUGGCGUCGCCAAGGGGGUCCCGUACGUCGCCGGGGCUCAAGGCCUCUUGCGACCUAUGCCACCGAGCCAAGGUCAAAUGCAUCUUCGACGGCUCGGACCGAUGCACACGAUGCGCGAAGCACGACUACGUCUGCAGGCGGAGCCCCUCGCUUCCAAUGGGACGCACUCCCGGAUCGUCGACCGCUCGUCGUCGCCGAUAUUGCGCAUGCUCCGCCGGACCAUCGACGACCAGCAUUGUCGCCGAAACGCCCGUCUCGAUGCCGACCACCCCCGUCGCCGACAUGUCGCCUGCCCGCCACGCCGGACCCUUCGACUUCGACAUGAUGCCGAUGCUGACGCUGGACUGCGGCGACGCCGCCGACCCCUCCAUCACCCCGGCCAUCUCCACGUCCCCGAUCAGCAACGCCGCUUCCGGCGUCUACUGCCUGUGCUUCUCCGCCAUCGCCGGCGCCAUGGAGCAGCUGCGGCAGUCAUCUCGUCCGGACAGCCGCCCCGGCCUGGAUGCCAUCCUGCGCCAGAACAGAGCGGCGCUGCUCACCGUCGACCAGUUCGCGCAGUGCAACGCCUCGCACGAGAUGACGCUCGUGCUGCUCGUCUACCUGCUGCUCUACCACGUCCUCGCCGGCUACAGCGCCGCCGCGUCGCACUCGUUUGCCGCGACCGAGUGCCCGCAGCGCGCCGUGCUGGGCGAGUUUGAGAUCGACAAGGACGAGAUUCACGUGCUCAAGCGCCACUUCAUCCUGCUGGAUCUGUCAAAGGUGCCUGGGAUGCUGGAUACGCUUGCUGAGCGCGUGGCUGCGAGGGACGGCGCGAGCUACGAUCGGGCUAGUUGGUUUGUGCAGAACUUGCUGAAGAAGGAGGCCGAGGGGCUCGUGGAGACGAUGGGGAUGUGA